GAAGAAGUGAAAAGAAGCAAUGCGCCCCAGAUUGGGGUGGGAACAAUGAAGAAGAAGUGAAAAGAAGUUGAAGAACCAACCGGAAACAUGCAAUCACUAAGCAUGGGGAUCUGUACUCUUUCUUCCACUCACUCACCCAAUCCAAUCCUUAUUAGACCUUCUUUUGCUUCCUAAUUUCUCCAACAAUCACCGCUUUGCUUACACAGCCUUUUGUCUCUUUGAUGGAUUCUCUGCGUGCGUUGCACUGUUAUUCUAUUGCCAACGCUAAAAUAUGCAUACCCAUACCGCCAUAUUCCGAGCACGAGGCGCACAACUCUGGGAAAACUGAAAAGAUGAACGGAUGGCAUCCUCGAGUGUGCAAUAUUCAUAUUCGGGACGAGUUUGGGCACUAAAACUAAAUAGACAAGUGUCAGAAUUUGUGCUUUCUGGAUGGCGAAGUGCGAUGUUGUAAUGCUUCAGAGGCAAAGCUUGGCGGAAGCUUUAAGGGUAUGUGCCAAGAAUUUGCUGUUUCAUCAUGGAAAGCUAGUUCAUGGCGCAGCGGUGAGAAGGGGUUAUGGAUUUGAUUUGAUGAUAAAUAACGACCUUAUUGAUAUGUAUGCCAAAUGCAGUAGAGUGAAGUGGGCACGCAAUGUGUUUGAUAAAAUGCCUACAAGAAAUGUAGUUUCAUGGACAGCUUUAAUGUGUGGGUAUAUACAGGGUGGUAAUGCCAAAGAGUCGCUGUUACUUCUACCUCAGAUGAUGGUUCAUUCGGAUGCACAACCUAAUGAAUUUACUUUCUCAACCAACAUCAAGGCGUGCGGGAUUCUUGGUGCUAUGGAAAAAGGAAGGCAGAUUCAUAGUUUUUGUGGGAAAAGUGGCUUUGAAUGGUACCCAGUUGUUGGGAAUUCGUUGAUUGAUAUGUAUGCGAGAUGUGGGAAAAUAGACGAGGCCGAAAAGCUUUUUUAUGCAAUGCCUCAUAGAGGUCAGAUAACUUGGAAUGUGAUGAUAGCAGGAUAUGCACUAGAAGGUAUGGGCGAUAAAUCUUUAAUUUUGUUCAAACAAAUGCAAGAACAUGGCGAAACGCCUGACAACUUCACAUUUGCCAGCACCUUCAAAGCUUGUACUGGUUUCAGAGCUAUCCAUGAAGGAAAUCAAAUUCAUGCUUUUCUAAUUGUGAGGGGAUUUCCCAUUUCAAGCGACCGAGUUAUUUCUGGUGCACUCAUCGAACUGUAUGUCAAAUGUGGGAGCUUAUUUGAAGCACAGAAGGUGUUUGAUCUAGCAGUACAAAAAAGUAUUGUUUCUUGGACAACACUAAUUGUAGGUUAUGCUCAAGAAGGCAAUUUAGCGAAGGCCUCAGACAUGUUCAGAGAGCUUAGGGAGAGUGAAGUUCCCAUGGAUGGGAUUCUUCUCUCUAGCUUGAUGGGUGUUUUUGCUGAUUUUGCUCUUAUUGAGCUGGGGAAGCAGCUACACUCUUAUUCCAUCAAAGUGCCAUGUGGUUUAAACACACCAGUGCUUAAUUCAGCCAUUGAUAUGUAUUUAAAAUGCGGAUUUAUAGAGGAAGCUGAAAGACUUUUCGAUGAUUUGCAGGCAAAGAGUGUAAUCUCUUGGACAGCGAUGAUAACGGGCUAUGGCAAGUAUGGACUUGGCAGAAAAGCAGUGGAACUCUUCAAGAGAAUGGAAUCAGACAAUUUCGAGCCAGAUGAUGUUACCUACCUUUCCAUGCUUACAGCUUGCAGUCAUUCAGGACUAAUUGACGAAAGCCAAAAAUACUUUUCAAAACUGUGCAAUGAACGUCGGGUAAAACCUCGGGUGGAGCACUAUAGUUGCAUGGUUGAUGCCCUGGGUCGUGCUGGGCGCUUAACAGAAGCCAAGAAUCUUAUAGAGAGUAUGCCAGUGGAACCAAAUAUAGAGAUAUGGCAGACACUGCUAAGUGCAUGUAGAACGCAUAAGAAUGUCGAAGUGGGAGGGGAAGUAGGGGAGAUGUUAUUGAGGUUGGAUGGUGACAACCCGGUUAAUUAUGUAAUGCUGUCAAAUCUAUAUGCUGAGACAAACCACUGGAAAGAGUGUGAAAAUCUAAGGAAUGUGGUGAAGACGAAAGGCUUAAAGAAGGAAGCAGGGCAGAGCUGGGUGGAGGUGAAGAAAAAGAUGCACUUUUUCUACAACAGAGAUGAGAGACACCCAGACACGAAAGCCAUCCACGAGAUUUUGAAAGAGAUCGAGAGGAAAAUGAAAAUAGAGUUGGGGUAUGAACACGCAAUCAGGUUUUCGUUGCAUGAUGUAGAAGAGGAAUCAAGGGAGGAGAGCUUGAUGUUUCACAGCGAGAAACUGGCAAUCGGAUUGGCGUUGCUUAGUGAAGAAGAGAGUGGAAACGAGGCAAAACCCAUUCGUAUUUUCAAGAACCUGAGAGUUUGUGGAGAUUGCCAUGAGUUCAUCAAGGGUUUGUCCAAAAUUUUGAAUAAAGUUUUCCUGGUAAGAGAUGCUAACAGGUUUCACAAGUUUGAGAAUGGUGCAUGCUCUUGUAGAGACUAUUGGUGACAAAUGAAUUUAAUAAACCUGCUUUAUUGUUAA